AUGACUGCACCAGUCCUCGUCGAGGAGGUUGCUGUCCAGGAGAAACCGAAACGGACUCGUAAAUCGCAUAACAAAGUCCGAAGUGGAUGUUUGACUUGCAAAAUCCGCCGAAAGAAAUGUGGUGAAGAAAAGCCCUUUUGCAAACGGUGUACCAGCACAGGUCGAAAAUGUGACGGUUAUCCAACACUCUCUCCACCAGAGACUUCUUCAUCGGGAGAUUCGCCAGACACAGUACUCGAACCGGGCUCGAAGAGAUUCAAGACCAACAACACAAUUGCCAUUCCACGACAUCAGACAACCGGACGGGGCCUGUGCGGCAAUAAUAACGACCAACUGAAACGGAUAUGGCGAAGUCCAUCCUCCGUGCGCUUCGACGACGAUGGAGAAUUCUACUGUUUUGAUUUCUUCCGCUCCCGCACCGGCCCCGAGUUUGCGGCCUACUUUGACAGCUCCAUGUGGCGAUCAUACGCCAUCCGCGCGUGUCUGCAGUAUCCGACUGUCCUAGCCGUCGCCGCAGCGGUUGGCGCUGCACAUCGGCGUUUCGAGCUAGGUAUCUCGCCCGAAGCUUUCGAGUUCUGCGAUAUCUCGGACAAACUGUAUCAGCGGGCCAUUCGCAAGUUAUCGGAGGAUAUGGCCUCUAAUAUUCCCAACGCUGCCGAGAUCAACAUGCUGGCUAUGAAGCUCAUGGCUGUGUAUGAUACUUUCCAGGGCGAUAUGGAUCGUGCACAGGCCCAUAUGACGGCGGGGUUAAAGGGCCUGCUAAGUCGGAAUUUCAAGACGACUUAUACUGACACCCAAUAUCGGACUGUAGAUAUCAACUACGAGAGCUUGAGGAGGCUUUUUCUCAAGAUUGAACUCGAGUCGGUUCGUCUCUUUGGUGGUGCAUGUACUAUAUUGAGCGACCCUGAAGAUUGGAAUCCACCGGAGAAUGAGAUCAACAACGAUAUCGACCCCUUCGGAGCCCCUUAUGUGACGCCUCCUACACCAUUCCACAUACCAGAUCCGGUUCCAUACCCGAUUCCAAGGGCAUUUAAUUCGCUCCACCAAGCCCGUGACGUUCUCUUCACCGAAGCCAAAUGGAUCUGGCAUACAUGGGGCCUUCUCGAACGGGGGGUUCUUUCCGGAUCCGGAUUUCGACGUCAACAGAUCCACAUCUCGCGAUGUCUGCAGUGGUCGAUGGCAUAUGCCGAGUACACGAAGAUGGACAUCGCCCAACGGCGGACGCAGGACAAACACGCAGCACAUUUGCUGAAAACCUAUCGUGAGGCAGUUUAUCUCCUGCUUUUGACGCAGAUGGCAUUCCACGAACCGGAAACGGGUGCUAAGAUUGUGCCCCUCUGUGACCCGCCUGAGACGUGUGACUGCCAUCGUUCGUGUCGAACAUAUGCGGAGCGGCGAGAAGCUUUGAAUGCACAUUUCGCCCGUCUACUCGUCCUCGCCGAGAGUAUUUUCAAUGCCUCGUCAUUCUUUGCGUACGAGGAGCAUGCUCUGAGUGUCGACUCGGGCAUUGGCCCACCACUCUACGUCGGCACAUCAAAUUGUCGUUCGACCAAGGUGAGGCACCAGGUGACCAAUCUUCUCGAGAAAUCCGAGAUCCAACACCGUAUCUGGGACACUCUUGGUGUCUACUCCAUCGCUGAAAAGGUUUCUACACUCGAAGAACAUGCCGUUAUCAGUUGUGGUGCUGUUUCAGCAGCCCUUGAACCUAAAUGGGUGGAUAUCACAUUCUUUAUCGACGAGAGGCGUGUCUUGUUGAGAUAUUGUACCCCUGACAGGGAAGGGAUUGGUGGCAAGAUUCGUGGUACGGGAAUUGUCGUUGAUGAGUUUGGUAGGGGUAGUGGCAGUGGUGGGCUUGUUUGGACUCAGCAAUGGAUUGCUUUUUGA